UUUUUGUUUUGUUUUUUGUUUUAACCUAUAAACCGAAAUAAAUGUCGUUUUUGCUAGUCUUGUCACAAUAAAACUUUUCUCUUGGAGUGACAAAGGCGGAAUUGGAGCACGGCUAUAACGGUCUCUUUGGUCUCCGGUUUGAACUGGGCAAAGCAUUUUGUGUGUGUGUGUGUGUGUGUGUGUGUGUGUGUGUGAAUGAACUUGGCCAAGACGAUCCAUUCAGCGAGAGCAUCUAAACUGCUCAGAUGUGAGCCUGGCGUCGCACGCAGGUGGCAUCUUUUGACGGAUUAUGAUCUUGGAUAAAAGCUCCAUGGAAGAGCCCGAUAUUGACGUUGUUGGAGACUUUAACACGGAUAAUAUCAUUCAAAAUUCACCACCAAGGAACGCGAGGAGUGCAUCGGAGAAAGAAAAGGUUGACGUUAACGGGACACCAAAAUCCAACUCCCCUUCCGUGAGAGCAGCAUCGGUGAAACCCCCAUACUCUUAUAUUGCCCUUAUUACAAUGGCAAUUCUUCAGAGUCCAAAUAAGCGCCUGACAUUAAGUGAGAUCUGCGAUUUCAUUAGCCAGCGUUUCGCGUAUUACCGAGAAAAGUUCCCAGCAUGGCAGAACUCAAUCCGGCACAACCUAUCGCUCAAUGAUUGCUUUGUAAAAAUGCCCAGAGAACCUGGCAAUCCGGGAAAGGGCAACUACUGGACGCUAGACCCCAUGUCGUCUGACAUGUUUGAGAACGGCAGCUUUCUGCGACGGAGGAAGCGUUUCAAGCGGCAGCACUUCACGCUCGGAACGGCGAAGGAAAUCCCACUGGAGCUGAGCGCGCUGCCCGGUUUCACGCUCGGAUCUUACGCGUUGGGUACCGCGUCCUUGCAGAUUCCUGGUUUAGACUUGUAUCCGGUCGGAAUGGACCGUCAUCCGAGCGCGUCCUGCGCCCCACUUAUUCCACCUGUCAGCAGCCUUUUAUCUACGCUCCUGUCCAGAACCUCAAACGCUGGACUGAAAGGGUACCUGCCAGCGCCGCCGCAUUCGCUCGGCUUUGAUCCACUUGACACGGGCUGCGCAGGCUCCCCGAACCCCGUCCCAGGCGUUCCGUUCUUACAGACAGCCGGUCUUCAUUCAGCUGGAGUGCCGGCUUGUUACAGUCUUCAGCAGGAAUACCAUAAACUGCAAGCUUUUCACAACUCUGCGCUGGCUAGUAAACUUUUACUGCGUCUCGGCGACGCUGGUAGCUAAUGGUUUUCUUUCAAGUAGACAUAAUCUUAAACACGUCUCGCGUCCUAUUCUCCUAUCCGAGGUAUUAUUGCUUUUACAAAACUAAACAUUUUAUAAACACAUUUCAUAAAUACGUUUUGACUUGCAGUUUAGUUUCUUUAACAUAUAUUUAGUGAUUGUGGCAUUAAAAAAAAGAUUGAUGUUAGCUGUGCAAUUUUAGUGUUGAAUGCAGUUUUAAUUGGUCAAAUAAUGUUUUGUGAGGUACAAGAGAAUGAACAGCGUUGUUUUACUUUACUCGUGAUAUUUGCAUGUCUGAUCGUUUAAUUUCUUGUCAUAAUUAAAAAAAGAUUCAUUCGACAGUAUAAUGCAAUGGAACUUUUUGGUCUACGUGCUGAAUAAAUUGAUUAUACUUUUCUAGUCAAAGUAACCGAAGUCAGUGUUCUGGGGCUAAAGAGUCUUAACCUUCACUAAACGCUAUGAAUCUUUUAUCAGGCAAUACUAAGACUACGAAUUCAUAGACUGCAGUUGUUAGAAAGUCUCUGAAGCCUUGACGUUGGAAAAUUAAAAUGAUUUAAAUAGCCGGAGGCUUGCUCUAUGUACUUCUGUUUACUGGCGCCAUUUAUGUUCUGCAGCAGUUUCGCCAAUGUUUCUUGAAUGCAUUUGGGAAGGACCGUUCUAAUUUGUAUAGCGUACUGAUUUAAGGUAUGAACACCUGUCGGUUUUUGGUUACGUUAUUGACAAGUCACAAACAAAGCAUAGCGUGAUUUAAUGUACGUUUUAUAAAGGACAAUCGGGUAUUGAGAAACACGUUUCGUAGACCUUUUUGUUUAUUUAUUUUAUUAUUUUAACAGGAUUCAUUGUAAACCCGUUUGGGCCUUUAGGGAAGAUAAAUCUGAGGAUAUUUUAGUCUCCAGUGUUGCCCUUCAACGAAAAUUUGUUUGAUACCACAUCACAUUUAUAAGAGGAGACUCCAAUCCAAGUAUUUACAUUGCUUUGAUCAUAUAUUUGAUAAAAUAAAUAACUCAGCUGUAUUUUUUAUUUUACAUCUUUUUGGAUUAAUUAAGGUUAAACAACUAACUAAAUAAAUUUUGUUCCUGCUUAA